AUGGUUUAUCUCCUUCGCUUCCAUUUCCUGCCUAUUUCAAAUUCUUCUCCGGACUGGUUCCUCCCAGCAGUCAACCUGCCGAGGCCGAACACGGGCUGUGGCCGAUUUGUCGUCGCGAAACAGCGAGAAGCAACGAUGGAAAACGUUUUCUGGACGGACUUGCGGGAGGAUUCGCGAUCUUCGGCGGGCAGUUGUAACAGCUAUCAAGGAGUUUCACGUGGUGUACGCUACCUAGGUGAAACUGACAGAGACAAGCCAGACAGCAUCGCAGAUCGACGCCAAGAAAGAGAAAGGCAUUGCCUGUAG